GUGUAGUUGUCAGUGGUAGACCAUUUCAAGGGUGUGCUCGGACUGGAGCAUCGAGACACACUAUCGAGCAUGGCCGAGCUGGCGGUAGCCUGCCAGCAUCGACACCGAUGGGACCAAUCGGCUGAGCUGUUGAUACCAUUGACGGAGAUGAGCAAGACGGUAUUUGGCCCAAAGCACCCGGACAUUGUUUUGACGAUGGAGAAGAUUGCCAUUGCCUGGGAAUAUCAUGGUCGACUCGAGGAUGCUAUAUAUCUCAUGGAGGAAUGUGUAGAGCUAAAGAAACACAUAUACGGUGUUUGCCACAACACGCAUGUCGCUUUAGCGUCUAGGUAGGCUCAGAUGCGAGCAAAGCAAGACGGUUAGUUGGGAUGAGCGUAGCAAAAGUUGGAUUCGUCGCCGGUCGACAUGGAAUACUUCUGUUUGCCAAAACCUUGCGAGCAGCCAUUUUUCAGAAAUUGUCUCUCCGAGAUACCCAGAUGCAGCCUUGAUUAACGAAAUGUAUGAUUACGUAGCGUAGCGGAGCAUUGUUAAAAUCAGAACGAAGACAAAUC